CAUUACUUUUCUUUUCCUAUCAUUUCAAUGGCAGUUCCUGUGAUUGAUUUCUCUAAGCUCAAUGGUGAUGACAGGGCCAAAACGUUGGCUCAGAUCGAAAAUGCAUGCCAAGAAUGGGGUUUCUUUCAGGUACCCUUUUCUUAUCAUUGUCUGUGGGAAGGGAAUUCGGCAUUGGUUUUGGUUUAUUUGUGUAUUCAAAGUGUAAAAUUUUGUACUUUGUGUUGCAGCUGGUGAACCAUGGAAUCCCCGUGGAGUUGCUGGAGAGGGUGAAGAAGGUUUCAUCUGAGUUUUAUAAGAUGGAACGUGAAGAGAAUUUCAACAAGUCAAAGGUGGUGGAGUUGUUGGACGAGCGCGGUGUAACAUUGGAGGAUGCAGAUUGGGAAGAUGUUGUCACUCUGUUAGAUGAUAAUGAGUGGCCAUCCAAAACACCUGGAUUCCAGGAAAUUAUGAAGGACUACAGAUUUGAGUUGAAGAAAUUAGCUGAAAAGGUGAUGCAAGUUAUGGAUGAAAACUUGGGAUUACCAAAUGGAUACAUCAAGACGGCAUUCAAUGAUGGAGACGGUGAUAAUGCCUUCUUUGGAACCAAGGUUAGUCAUUACCCACCAUGUCCUCACCCUGAGAAAGUGAAGGGGCUUCGAGCUCACACCGAUGCAGGCGGCGUGAUCUUACUCUUCCAAGACGACAAGGUGGGGGGACUUCAAGUCCUGAAAGAUGGGAAAUGGAUUGAUGUUCAGCCUUUGCCAAACGCCAUAGUUAUCAACACCGGUGAUCAGAUAGAGGUCCUAAGCAAUGGCCGGUACAAGAGUGCUUGGCACCGAGUUUUGCGCUCCGUUGAUGGAAAUAGGAGACCGAUUGCUUCGUUUUACAAUCCAUCUUUGAAAGCCACCAUUGCUCCUGCACCACAGCUAGUGGAGAAAACAAAACAAGUGGGAGAAACUUAUCCCAAGUUUGUUUUUGGUGAUUAUAUGUCUGUUUACGUUCAGCAGCAGUUCCUCCCAAAGGAACCAAGGUUCCAAGCUGUCAGGGCCAUGUAAUAGGAAGCAGAU